GGUAACCAGUAACUUUUCUAUUGCUCUCAACUUAUUCAUGUCACUAUGCUCCACAAGUUCAUCAAUAAUAUUGUCAACUCAUUGUUGAGUUGCGCAGAAGAGCUGCGUGAUAGAAAAAAAGCUCAACGCAAAUCUCAUGUGCAUGGCGAUCCACAUAGUCAUUCGGGUAGGAGAAGAAUGCCCUAUCAGCUUGGAAGGGCUACCUUUGAAGAUAUCCCAGAGGAGUUGCGCUGCUAUAUCCUCAGUUUUCUUUCAGGUAAUGACAUUAUGCGCUGCGCAUCAACUUGCCAAAAGGUGUACAACACGGUCAAAUCCUCUGCCGAGCUACAGUACACCAUCGAACUCGGUGCUCAAAGGUUGAUUGAGGUACAUCCACGGUCACCUACCGUCUCCUCAGCAGAGUGCUUGCGUAUCCUCAGAAACAAGGCAAACACGUGGAAUUCUUUCCAGCUCGAUGAUGCGACAGCACCGUGUGACACCACUUUGCUCGAUUUCGUCUCGAUUUCUCAUAAACAAAUCUUAUUUUCUACGCGGUCCGCGCGUGUGGAUGCUUUGUCCCACGCAGUGAAUAUCAAGACCAUCACGACGACUAGCGGUCAUCUCGUGAUGAAUCAAGCUCCUCACACAUUCAGGUACAUAGAUGAGCUGCAAGACCUCGAGAUCACCAUUAAACUUCCGGUCAAUGUCGACUCGCACACCUUUAAGUGCCAAAUACUUUCCCGCAUGAUAUCCACGGGGGAGGAACAUCCUUUGGCCCAUGGAUCCCAUAUAGUCACUAGUAGAGCUGCCUUCAGGGAAUCUCAGACAGUCAAGAUUUCUGUGUCUGUCCUCGGAGACCGCCUCGCAGUCUAUUUUUUUGGGCGUGAUGAAAAUGGGGACCUGUACUGGUCGCUGCAUGUCCUAAGUUGGUAUCAAUGUAAUCAAGCUGACGACAUCUGUGCCAUCGGCAACGGCAAUCAGUUGCAUGACUUUCGUUUUCUUACCAAGGAGAAGCUUCUAGUCCUCUCGUCAGAUAAUACUAUAGAGCUAUACAACAUCGAGGACCUAUCGAUCGCACCACAGCUUCAGGCAAGAUUUAUGCUGCCCAUCCACUAUCAUCAAAUGUUGGGCGGCUUUUUUCACUCAUUGGUUUUUCAUAAUACUGGAAGUCAUGCGCACCUGGCGGCACCAGAUAACCAUUGGAUUUGGACAACGCACCCUGCAGAUCAAGUUAUAUACAUGGUGUUUGGCCCUCCUUCGUCGGCUAUCAUCAUAUCCGCCCGAAUAUGUUUCAUGGACAUCCCUCCGGCAUGGUUUGAUGUGGCAUCAGAAGAUGGACGAUCAGUUCCAUGGUCAUCAUGGGGUCCACAGAAUUCUCGUUACUUCUCUGAAGAUAUGUUCAACUCGCAAGUGUUGCCAGCGCGCACUCUUGGAGUGGGAGGAUCUCGUGUUAUACGGGCAGUUCCCGUCGCAGGUCGAAGUGAUUCACCGUUCCGGCUGCAUAUGAUGGACUUCAAUCCCUCAGCCGUGGCGCGUGGAAUCGGCAAAGUAGUCCGCAAACCUACGUCAUCAAUGGGUCUCCAGCAGGACAUGCAAGUAAGGACAUACCUCCCUUUCGUGGAGGUGGUCCAUGAUCAGGUUUUCGAUGGCUCCCCUUGGAGUAUCGCAGUGAACGAGGAGGUGGUGGUGGUGAUUACGGAACUGAAAAUGAAGUCUGAGCGGAAAUUACAGGCCAAGAUUUUUUUCAUGUAGUCCAUAUAUCACAUUGCAAUUUACGCAAAUUAGACAUGACAUGGGGUACUGGAAGCUGACCUCGCGCAUAUUGAGUAAACUCUUCUCCUUGGUCUUGAC